GACAGUGACGUUUUAUUCCUUAACUUCGCAAAAUCAACAAAGUGUUAAAAAACAUAUGUUUAACUGAUUAAUUGCCAAUAACAUGAUGGAUGAACAAAAUAUACCAAUUGAUAUUAAUACUACCAAAUUACUAGAGUGGUUAAUAAGUCGUAGACAUGUUAAAACAGAUUGGCAGAACUCUAUAUUAAAAAUUCGAGAGAAAAUUAACAAUGCUAUUCAAGACAUGCCAGCUCAUGAAGGUAUAAUAAAAUUACUUUCCGGACAACAUAUCAAUUAUUUCCAUUGUUUGAAAAUUGUUGAAAUCCUCAAAGAAACAGAAGCAGAUUCUAAAAACCUAUUUGGUAGAUAUGGUUCCCAGAGAAUGAAAGAUUGGCAAGAUAUAGUCACAUCUUACCAAAAAGACAAUGUAUAUGUCGCGGAGGUAUCUCAAAUGUUGAUCCGAAACGUAAGUUUUGAAAUACCCAGUUUGCGAAAACAAGUCUCAAAAUUAGAGCAAAGUCAAUUGGAAUGCGAGAAGAAAAUUAAGGAUUAUUCCAGAGCAGAGUCCACUGCUCAAAAGGAAUUUAAGAAUUCUUGUGAUCAAUUAGGAAUUUCAGGAAAGAAGAUUAAAAGUGAAAUAAUAGAUUUACUUAAAGAUCUACCAGGUACAUAUAAAACUAUUUCGGAAAAGAUAAAAAUCGUCGCUCCAGCUGUGGAAUUGUAUAAUGCAUUUAAUAAGUAUUUAUCUGGUAAAAAAAUUGAUGAAAGUGCUCUUCCACUCCUAGAAUACCUUAUAAAACAUGGUAACACUACUACAUAUGAAUACAUUUAUGGAGAAAAGCCUGUCUCAAUAGAAGAAAGUACUCCCGAUAUUUCAGAAGACAAAAGUUCCUCUGAUAGUGAUAAAAUUGACUUUGGCGACAUUGAUUUUGGAGAUAAUGGUGGUGAAAUUAACUUCGAUAUUAACACUGAUAAUGGUACUAUUGAUUUUGGAGAUGUGAUCGAAGAAAGUCAAAAUAUUGAUUGGGGAGCAAGUAAUCCAGAAGAAGGUUUUGAAAUAGUAACGCAUGCAGAUUUAGAUAUCAAUUUGGAGGAAUCGGGUAUAGUAGUUGAAAAAACUGGCAUUGAUGGAGGAGUAGCCAAAGGAGAAGAAGCUCUGACUAUCCUCGAUAAUCCCAAGACUCAGGAACAGGUUAUUAAUAGUCUUAUGGAAUUGAGUGCCUUCAUUAAAAUGAGACUAUACGAAAUGAUGAAUGAUACUGAUAUGCUCUCCACUUCGCAAAUGCAAGAUGCUCCAACUAUAAUUCAAAUGCAAACUGUAGAAUCGAUUACAAUGCUAAACGAUUAUAUUAGUAUAGCUUUAGACCAAUUAACGAAUAAGAAAAUUCAGCAUUUGCACAAUAUAAAACAUUCUCCAAGGUACGUAGAUAUAUUAACUGCAAAUCUAAAUCAAAAGUUGGCUAUUGUUGACAAAAUGAAAGCCAACAAGGCAAUUUUGGAAGAUAAAAUUAAAACUCUUAGAGAGGAAGCAGGCAGUAUCGAACCAAUUAUAAAACUGUUGAUAGAAAAAACCAAGCAGCUCCAGAAAGAAAUUCAAGAUGACAUUUCCAAGAAGUAUAAGGGAAGGACUGUUAAUAUAAUAGGAGGAGUUAAUGCAUUAUAAUUCAAAUUAUUAUGUAUAUAAAAUUGUAUAAUAAAUAUGAUAUGUUAACAAUUGUAA